AUGUCGACCUCGUACGCGCACGGCGCCACGGUGACGAAAGGGACGACGGCGAGCGGUGAAAGCUUUCGCGGUGAAAUCUUCGCGUACGACGAUGGCGCAAAGUUGCUCGUCGUGCGCACGCCCGGUGAGAUAUCGAACUCGUACGAUUUGAAGUUCGUCAACGUCGCGGGCGCGAAAGACAUCGAGAUCGACGCGUCGACGGCGAAGGAUCCCGAGGCGUUGCCAACCGUGGACGAUCCUCGACGCGAGCGCCGCUUCGAGGCGGCGUGCCGAGCGGCGAAAACCGCGGGCGACAACAUCGGCGAAAACGUCAGCGCUUUGGCGCAGGACGUGUUUGACGCUUUAGCUCGAACGUUGCCGUGCAAGUGGAAUAAGGACGUCAUCGUCGUCAUGGAUGAGGUCGACGUCGUCGGACCCAAGUACGACGCGGCGAGCGGGUCGGGACAGACGCCGGGAGCGCUGGAGCGAGUGCAAAAGGUGCUCGAACUCGAGCGCGCCAAGCUCGGGCUUUGA